GUUGACCAGCUUGAGCUCAUCUUGCAAAUUCGCGCCGGUCCGAGUUAUAUUUGAGCGCAGGAACGUUCCCAUGCACCACCCUCGGUGCGACGUCGUCCCUUGUCGGCGCACUCACUCCGUGCCUCCUCCCUCCACCCGCAGUUCUCCUUGCAACGACCUACAAAAUGCCUUGGGACCUUAUCAAGCUCAACAACGGGACGAGCAUCCCUGGCGUCGCAUUUGGGACCUGGACGUUGGGCGGCGGACAGCAGUCGACCGAUAAGGUCGACCAGGCCAUCUCGGUUGGGUUCAGCCACAUCGACACGGCACAGUCGUACAGGAAUGAGUACGAGGCCGGCAUCGCCAUCCACGAGAGCGGGCUUGCGCGCGAGGACCUCUAUAUCACGACGAAAUACUCAGGACUGAACGGGCUGGACAUCGAGACCUCCAUUCACAACAGCCUGAACAACCUGGGCGUCGACUACGUGAAUCUCUACCUGAUCCACCACCCGCGCCUGGCCGUGCCGGACAUCCCCACUGCGUGGUCCAAGAUGGAGAAAUUGCAGACUGACGGACUGGUGAAGAGCAUCGGCGUUAGCAACUUCAACGUUCUGCAGCUACAGACGCUCCUCGACUCUGCCAAAAUCAAGCCUGUCGCUAACCAGAUACUGUUCCAUCCCUAUGUCCUUGCGUCGCAGGCGCCCAUUGUCGAGUUCGGGAAACUCAAUGGCAUAGUGAGCGAGGCGUACAGCGUGCUGACCCCGCUCACUCACCAUACUGGCGGCCCGGUAGACAAGCCGCUGAAGGAAAUCGCUUCUCGACUCAACGCGGAGCCUGAGCAGGUCCUCCUCGCAUGGGCCAAGGCGAAGGGUGUCGUCGUCGUCACUGCUAGCACGAGGAAGGAGCGCCUCGACGGCUACUUGGCGGCGGGCGACCUCGGUUAGUAAUAUUGGCCCUCUGUGUUCCAUGGAAAGCGUGCUCAGAGAAUCCUUAUUCGCAGAGCUGACGAACGAGGACAUCGCGGCUAUCGAUGCAGCGGGUAUCGUCGGUGCGCGCCGUAUCACUGCACGCACGUACCUCCGGCGCGCAGCUCUCGCGGCUCUGAUCGGAGCUGCUGUUCUUGGGGUGUGCAGCUACUCUGGCAUAAACGUAUUGUGAGAU